CCUAGGAGCGGUGGUGAGAGCACGGAGAGAAUCACGGUGCAGACUCGGCUUUCUCCAGAGUGGAGUUGUCCCCCAGAACUUUAUGUAGCGAUGAAAAUGUUCAGUGUUUGUGCGGGCUACAGUGGCUGCUACUAGCCACAUGUGACUUUUGAGCAUUUGGAAUGUGCCUAGCAGAGGCACUAAAUUUCGAAUUUUAUUUAAAUUAAAUUUAAACUUAAGUAGCCACAAACACCUACUAUGUUGCAAGGCAGAGUUAGCCUGAAUAUUCCCCAGCUGUGCCCUACCCUCAUUACUCCCCUGCUCUCCUGAGUGGGGCCCUGCCCCACUCAGUCCCUUAGGUUCAACCCACCUUUGUCAUCAGUUCAAUGGCUUUUGUGUGUGUCUACACUUCCCCUUAAACCAUUAACAGGUGGGCCCCAUCUCUUUCAGCUCCCAGGUUGCUUGCUUCAGGGCUGUGCUUUCAAGGUCACUGUUUCAGCCUUUGGUGUUGAGCCUUGCUUGCUUUGAGAUGAGAGUUCACUGACCAUCCCUUACGACCCUAGCGUGGUUGGGGGUGGGGCUGUAGGCUCUCCAUUUUGAGUCUCUUCCACUUCCCACCAGAUAGCUACCUAGGCUGCCAAGAUGCCAAAACCUCGGAAGGGCCCGCAGACCAGUGGCCAAGGUGUGGCAGCUGCCAAACAGCUGGGGCUCUUUGUGGAGUUCAACCCUGAGGACAUGCUUCUGGGGAUGGAGGAGACUGAAGAUGAUGGCGACCUGGAAGCUGAGCUACUGGCCCUCACUGGGGAAGCGGGAAACACAAGCAAAAAGCCGGCACCCAAGGGGCAGGCCCCUCUGCCUAUGGCCCACAUCGAGAAGUUGGCGGCGGACUGCAUGCGGGAUGUGGAGGAGGAGGAGGAGGAGGAGGAAGGGCUGGAGGAGGACGCAGACUUGCUGACUGAGUUGCAGGAGGUGCUGGGUGACGAUGAGGAAGCUGGGCCCCCGGAUGGUGAUGAUUCAGCCAGCCAGGGUGACUCUGAGGAGAAGGCGGCAUGGGAAAACAUUGCCCCUCCAGGGCAGACAGCUCCAACAGCUUCAGUCCCAGCAACUCAGGCUGGAGGGCCUCGGGGGCUGCAGGCGCUGCUGGAGGAUCGAAUCCACAACUAUCAGGAAGCUGCCGCCAGUGCCAAGGAGGCCGGUGAAGCAGCCAAAGCCAGGCGCUGUGAGCGUGGCCUGAAGACUCUGGAAUCUCAGCUGGCUGCCGUGAGGAAAGGCAGGAAGAUCAAUGAGGAUGAAAUUCCACCUCCAGUGGCCUUGGGCAAGAGGCCCUCAGCCCCCCAGGAGACAACCAACAGUAGCCCUGAUGUAGAACCCCCAGACCCUCCCACUGUGGAGCCAGACAAUGCCUCUCAGCCUGAGCCCAUCCUCUUGGGCAGCUCUGACAUUUCUGCCCCACAUGAUUCAGACCCAGACCCCCGGGUCCUGCUGCUGGCCCGACAGAAAGAGUACAAAGUGGCUGCCCUGAAUGCCAAGCGGGCUGGAGACCUGGACAGUGCCCGAGAGCUCAUGAAGAUUGGGAAGAGGUUUAGUGCUGUCCUGGAGGCCCUAGAAAAAGGGCAGCCUGUGGACCUGAGUGCCAUGCCCCCCACACCUGCAGAACUGAAGCACCACCCACGAGCUUCCAAGGCCUCCAUGGAACCCUCAGUGGUUCCCCCAGCAGUGGAGCAAGUACAGCUGGUGAAGACCCCUGACUCUGCAGCAACCUCAGUGACCCCUGCUGAGCCACAGACAGUGCUGGAUGCCUUGCAGCAGAGGCUGAACAAGUACCGUGAGGCUGGCGUCCAGGCCCGGGGCAGUGGGGAUGAGCGCAAGGCCCGGAUGCACGAGCGCAUUGCCAAGCAAUAUCAGGAUGCCAUUCGAGCACACCGAGCAGGACGGAAAGUUGACUUUGCUGAAUUGCCUGUUCCUCCUGGAUUCCCGCCGAUACCGGGCCUGGAGCCCUCUGUAAGCACUGAGGAGGAUGCCGUGGCAGCUGCUUUAGCCGCUGCCCAGAACCUGGCCUCCUCAGAGGAUACAGCCCCAGCAGAGGAAGAUGAGGAUGAGGAUGAACCCCCAACCCAGGCCCCAGUGGCCAAGAAGCCAGCACAGCCUCUGGUUCCUUCAUCUCGGCCCCUGCCUGGGCCCAAGACAUCAACUUCUAAGGAGUCGCUGAGUCCCUCUGUGCGGGAGCAGCUGGCACUGCUAGAGGCACGGAAACUGCAGUACCAGCGGGCAGCCCUGCGGGCCAAGCGUGGCCACGACCUGGAGCAGGCCAAAGCCCACUUGCGGGUAGCCAAAUGCCUUGAGGCUCAGAUCAUCCAGGUUCGAGCCGGCCAAUCUGUGGACCUCUCUAAGGUGCCUUCACCCUUGACGGAUGAGGAAGGUGACUUCAUCCUCAUUCACCAUGAAGACCUACGGCUCUCCCAGAAGGCUGAAGAAGUGUAUGCACACCUACAAAAAAUGCUUCUGGAGCAACAUGAGAAGUGUCUGCUGUUCUCUAAGCAGUUCAUGCACCAGGGCAAUGUGGCUGAGACCACCCGGUUUGAGAAAUUAGCUCAGGACCGCAAGAAGCAACUUGAUAUCCUGCAGCUGGCCCAGGCCCAGGGCCUCGACCCUCCCAGCCACCAUUUUGAGUUGAAGACAUUCCAGACUGUGAGGAUCUUCGCAGACCUCAACAGCACAGAAAUGCAUCUUAUCAUUGUCCGCGGACUGAACCUCCCUGCCCCUCCAGGGGUGACCCCUGAUGACUUGGAUGCUUUUGUGCGGUUUGAAUUCCACUACCCUAACUCGGAUCAGGCUCAAAAAAGCAAAACAGCUGUGGUGAAGAACACAAACUGUCCAGAAUUUGAUCAACUCUUCAAAUUAAACAUCAACCGAAAUCACAGGGGCUUCAGGAGGGUGAUCCAAAGCAAAGGAAUCAAGUUUGAAAUCUUCCACAAAGGGUCCUUCUUCAGAAGUGACAAGCUGGUUGGUACAGCCCACCUGAAGCUAGAGCGGCUGGAAAAUGAGUGUGAGAUCCGCGAGAUUGUGGAGGUCCUAGAAGGAAGGAAGUCCACGGGGGGCAAGCUGGAGGUGAAGGUGAGGCUGCGGGAGCCUCUGAGUGGCCAGGAUGUGCAAACAGUCACCGAGAACUGGCUGGUUCUGGAGCCCAGAGGCCUGUGAAAUGGUGCAGCGGGUCGUCGACAUCGGUGGAAUCAAGCCAGCCACUAAUUUCAGGACUGUACUUUUCUCAGCUUUGCGGGCUCUGGCUUUAGUACAUAAAGAAGAUGCUGCUACAUAAGCACCAAAGACCUGUUAAGUACGUGAAUUACUGACCACCACCCUACUCUUUGUCGCUGGCCCCAUGCAGGGCCUCCACCAAAGCAGGUUGGGUUCCAGGGUCCCCUCCCCCUCAGCGUGGGUGAAGGCAAGGACAGCCUCAGUGCUCGGGCCAUGGAGUCUUACAGCCCCUUAACCCGUGUAGCAGUUGUGUGCAGCUGUCCCAGCUGUACCAUUUCUGGAUGUGCCUUUAAAAGAUUGAACUAUGGGAUGGGAGCACUUGAGGGUGAUCUGGAAACCACAUACCUUAGGAUGGGGCAGGUUCUGUGACUCAGUUGGCCAGUGGCAGCCUAACCCUCAUAACUCAGCUGACCACCUAGUUCUCUGUCUGUGCCUUGGUUCCUGACAGCUGCUGCACUAGCCUCCCUGCUUCCGACGCUCUCAGUGGAGGAAGGGAAGUUACAUUUGGAAUCAUGUUCUGGGAGUGAGGGAAAGGUGGUUAGGUUUGGUCCAUGUACCUACGACUAAAAGACUGUUAACUAGAGGGGGAGAAAUACAUCUAUAUAUAUAUAUAUAUAAUUUUAUGUAGCCAUUUUUAUUUAUUGAAGAAACUAGAUCUGAUUCAUUGCAAAGGUUUUACACUCAGAAACAGAGUAACCAUCAAAGUCCUAUAUAAAAGCCCUGCUCCCUGUCACUUUUAAAAGCCAGAGUAGCAGUAACAUUUGUUAAUGGACAAGCGCUGCUACUUUGGCUUCUGUUUUUCUGAAUGGAUGGAGACAGUGGAGGGCUUUGUGGUUUCAAUAGAUUUAAUAUUCAAAAACUACAGUAUUCUACAUUUCUUAGAAAUAAACUUUUAACAACCCAUAUCUUUUUUCCUGUUUUGAGACAUUAACUUAAGUUUAAUAAAGCAUUCCUUAAGAUCAUUUUUUAAAGGCUCAAAGUGAAACAGAUACAUUCAGCAUAUUGACCACUAUAGUACUGCAUAAGCACAGCUCAGGGAUUUAGCUUUUUGUGUUUCUGCCCCCCCAACAUGUCUGGCCCAUGCCUCCCUGCCCUUAGGAGCAGAGCUUUCGUAGGUAACAGGACAGGGAAUGACAGUCAGAUGACUUUUCCAAGAGCUUUCUGGUCAGCUUACUUACCUACCAGAGUGAACUACAAAAAUUCCAUAGAUGUGAAUUUUAACAAUGGCAGUCACAUCUGUAUGUGGCAAAUAAGCAGUAAUCUAGAAUGAAAAGCAGGGUUAUUAGCUUUUAUAAGGUAGCCUAGAGCAAAAUGGGUAGCCAGGAAGGUUCUGACCCUACCUAUUCUCCCCCUUAGGGUUGGCACCCAGCCUAGUACUUAAUGAAGAUGCCUAGAGGUGGCUGUGGUUAUCCUUAAAGAUUCUAACCAGCCUAGAAAUUUCGACUAAACCCCAGCCUCUGCUGGUAAUGCCCUCUACAAUUUGAUAGGAAUUUUUCUGGGACUCUAAAAGAGUUCCCUUCAUAACCUGUUCAAUUUCAGUCUCCAUCAUAGUUUUUUGCUUAACAACUCCAGGCUGUGGGAGGCAAGACAAAACCGCCCACUGGACUUGGGAGACUGAGGUUCUUAAAAGGCCUUUAUUGUAGCCAGAGUGUGCAGGGAUCCCACUAGUGGGCGGAGCCUGCACCAGCCUCCUCUUGUCCUAAGAUUUGUCCAAAUAAUAACAGCCAGACAUCAGAGGUUAGUGAUUUGGGCAGUUGGGAACUGCCACAAUUCAAAUCACUCUUAAAUUUUAAAUUCUCUUUUCAAACAAAUACAAGGCACACUUUAUUCUAAAUUAGUUAACGCAAUAAAAUAUGGAAGAAAUUUAUAAUCAGGAAGUGUAGCUUACCGCUAAAGUACAAACUACUCUGCAACUUUAACAUUUUCCUUUCUUGUAAUGCCAUUCUGAAACCUGCUCUGUUUGGCUUCCAAAUUUUGAGUGCUCAUGUCUCAAAUAUGUUUGGGCAGCUUCUAAAAGAUCUUGCCCUUUACCCAGAGGUAACUGCUUUAAGGAUGAAACUGGUUGAGACUGGUUUAACCUGGAGCUUACAUGGUUCAGCUCCAUCACAAAGUCUUCACUAAUCUAGGCCUCAGUUUUGCAAGCUCUAAAAAUAUUGUGUUACCAUUCCUGCUAUAUUUCUUAGCCCUUCUGACCUACAUAUAUAGUCCCUAAAAAUUCCCUUACCAUUAUUACAUUUAUUUUAGCAUUAUUAUUAAAAUAGAAAAUAAUAGCACAAAUUUAUAGAAAAUGUUCAUCAGUCUGCUCGUCUGAAAUGUGCUAAAUGCAUAAAUUAUUCCCCACAAAACUAGUUAAGAUAGACGUAAACUCAGCUGGAAAUUUUGUGUCUACCUGCAUUCAGAAACCACUGUGGGUGAGGGAAGACAUUGGAUGGGAACUUACACAGGGCAAAGUCCAUAUUUCUAAAGUGCUAGCAUCCAGGAGGCAUUUAGAAAGUGUUGGUAAAGGUAAAUGGGGAAACGACAUUGCCUAGCAUUUGGUAAGAAUUAAGACCUUUUUUUAAAAUGUUAUCAGAGUAGUAAUUCUAUUUAAGAAUCUAUCUCAAUCUUCACAUUUACAUUCUAGAAAAAUUUGCCUUAGUUGGAAAUGUGAUGUGUCAGCCUUGCAUUUUAAUUCUUAAAACAUAACAGUGUAUAAAAACAAACAAAAUGAAGGGAACUAGCCUUGGCUAUUUUAUGCCCAGUUCUACAAGAUGAUCAAGAUUUGAUGCAACUGAGAAGGGACCUUACUACAAGGGCCAAGAGACGCUUGCACUGAUCCAGAAGAAAUACAUACAUUUCCAAGAUGUACUUAGUUGAGUGGGAAGUAAACAUCUGUAGAAAAAUGGAACCAGCUCCUAUGAAAGCCUGUUAGAGCAAGCUGGAUGGCAAACCCCAAAUACCUGCUCAUCAACAAGUGUUUCCUGAUCCCGUCAGGUUUGGGGGUAGUGGUCCAAUGGUUCAGUCUGAACAAGCUGGUGUUUUGUGGACUUUUUUUUAGGAAAAGGUCACAGUCCCAGUUCUCUAAAGCCACAUUAGCAAGGCCUAUGAAGGCAAAUGUAGAAUGUGGAUCAACCACCAUGGAAAAGAGGUAUAACCCUAGCUAGACAUACUUCCAAGGCCAGGGCUUUGGGCCUAUUUGAAAAACAUCUGCUACCCUUCCGUAGCCCAUAAUUGCUAGGUGCUAAGCCCAGCUCUAGCCACUGGGGAGCAGCCUCUCACAUUCCUAGAGGCCUACAUUAGCUUCCCGGGGAUUCUUAGAACUGUGCUCUUACUGCAGAGGGACUGACCAGUGACAAGGGAGUGAGUUGUCUCAAAUUGCAGGCUGAGAAAUCUGUGUGGUCUGUGAUCAAAAUAAAUAUUUGAUGGAAGAGAAAACAAUGCAUCACAUAUAUCAUGAGCAAAUCAAAUUUUGAUGUCUGAUACCACCUGCAGUGAGAAACCAAGGCUCUUUGGAGAAAUGAUGGGGCAGAGUAAUAAGCACAAUGAGCCAAGAGCAUCCUGUCAGAUCAGAAAAGGAAAUACUUGAAAAAAUGAUAGGAGCAGUUAUAGCGAUUUAGGGCUUAGCCCAAAGCGGUGCUCUCUGGCCAAAGCUGAGGCCACUUGAGCACCAAAAUGAUGUGUUAGGACCAUUCAUGAGUCCAUAAUGAAAUUCCAUUACUUAAAGGUAUUUUUAAAAAUGGAAGAAGGGCCUUUGCUUAUAGAUUACCAAGUACAAUUGGAAAAGGUGGUGAGUGUUGGAAGUGAAAAUUCAUUUUGUAGCCAUAAAUAAAAUUGCAGUUCACACAAAAAACACCAUUGAAUGCUAAAUCUAAGGGGAAAUUUUGAUGAACAAGACAUUUGCAUGUUCUGAAAGUGUGUCUACAUAUACCGGUUAUUAAUUCCAACAGGAAAAAUACACUGGAGAAAUUGGACACCAUUUUGACCAGAUGAGCAAAAUGUGCCACCACCAUUUCUUAGAAAAUCAAACACUGGUAAUGAUUUCACCACCACCGUGAUAAUGUGCUGAGUAAGAACACCUGAGGUGGUUACCAAAGUGGAAGUCACCCCCCAAAGAAACAAAUGAAGUUGAUAACAUACCUUGGAGUCUAGAGUUCCUUAGAAACUACUUACUCUAACAUAAGGUGCUUCUACAACAGAGAAAACAAGCAUAUACAUUUUUUAAUUUAAUGUCUCUAGCAUUAGAUUUUUCUGUUGUGACUUUUACAUGAGGAGCUUGCACAAACACCUUGUUCCUUAGAAAAAGUCUGACUUUCACGGUAGAUAUUCCUGGAUUCUAAUAUAGUAGGCAAGCUAUAGAAAAGCCGUGCAAAUCCAAAAUCAUCAUUUUUAGAAUUGCAGAAUUCAAGAUAUUCUACAUUACUUGAGAUGGUGGCUAGUGAUUUUCAGCUUAGUGAGGACAAAUUAAAAAAUUUGUUUCUGGGGCCUCCCUGGUGGCGCAGGGGGUUGGGCACCACACUAUGAAGCAAUCGAGGCCUCUGCAGCAGCAGUUCGAGCCCCGCUGGCCAGGGGGCAGCCCACUUGGUGCAGCAGACCUCUCCUGACUGGCCUACUGCUCCCCUCAGCAGUGUAUUUCAGUUGGUCUGCCUGUUCUGUUGCCCACUCUGUCUCUGGUGAAUCUUCUCACCCUCCCGCAUCUCUGGCUUAUACCCCAGCUCUUGUGUGCAUAAAUAAAUCUUUAAAAAAAAAAAUUGUUUCCAAAUUUCAGUAAACCAGUAUAAAGCUCAGUUUGUUUCCCUCAUUUUUUCACUUAAAAUAUUCACCAUCAUCAGUGAGUA